CUCACUUCAGAAGUACUGUAACUUCUGAAUCACAGUUAAGAAUUGGAGUUUGCAAGGGUUAGAAGCAACUGCUCAAGUUAAGCUGGCUUGAUUUCUCAUAGAGAGAUUUUAUCAGCAGGAAUUUUGUUUUGAACUUUCCCAAUUGGAGCCCAAUAGAUAACUGUUGGUAAUGAUGCAUCGAUUUGGACAUCUUUUGGUUGUCUUUGGACUUUUUAUGAAUUAUGGUGAAGGUAAAGAGGCCAGUGCAAUUCAGAGCAUAAUGACAAGAUGCUGCAGUCUUGGUGAGGAGUUUGGAACUACUAAUUUGCACUGCGAAUCAUACGAUAACGUCGUAGGCAUAGCGGAAUCUGACCGUAUAUCUUGUGAAAAUAUUUUUAGCUCAUGCUGCAGGAGGUCGUUAGAAGUAACAUAUUGCGAUCGAGGAAUAAGCGACUAUAAACAAAUAGAAACGUGUGUGUAUGCAGGCAUUCUCUCUUCAUCUUGCUACAAUAUUCAAGAUGAGCAAUGUUGCAAAUGUUGUCGACUUGGAACAGAAGCGAGGGAACAAGGGAUGGACUGCAAUGCCGAUAUACCGGACUUGGGAACACUUUGUAGGAGAGCGUUUAUGUCUUGUUGCGUAGAUGGAGCUGCCGGGAAUAUUCCAGAUCCUACCGCUACAACUAUCAAUGGAAUGAAUGAGUGUCUGGCACCAGGAGUUUGCCAGCACCGCUGCAUUGAUACGCCAGACUCCUACCGCUGCGAAUGUAAUCCCGGAUACAUCCUUCAAUCAGAUCGCAUUACUUGUGUUCCUGUUAAUGGCGAUAGAUGUUCUACUUCGCCAUGUGAGCACCAGUGUACUGACACAGGCGACCGGGUCAUCUGCACUUGCGACGCAGGCUACAUACUACAGUCUGAUGGAAGAUCCUGCAGUGACAUUGAUGAAUGCCAGGAUUCGAGGACUUGUCAACUGGGUGAGACUUGCAUUAAUGAAGUUGGAUCAUUCCGCUGCGAAAGAAGUUCUUUUUUCUCAGAUAUUAAUGAGUGUGUACAAAACAUAAAUGCGUGCUCCCAGGGAUCUCGCUGUGAGAAUAGUCCCGGCAGCUACAAGUGUACACGCAUAACACCAUGUGGCACUGGAUACACGGUGAACGCUCUCACCCAGCUCUGUGAUGAUAUUGACGAGUGUGCGCUUGGCACCCAUACUUGUACUGUAAAAGAAAGGUGCAUCAACUAUAGAGGUCGUUUCAGGUGUGAGAACUGCCGCAGAGGGUUCAAAGUUGACGGAAGUAACCAGUGUACCAUUGACAUUAAUGAGUGUGAGGAAGAGGCCAAUGCUUGUCGCUCAAAUACCAUUUGUCAGAAUACCAUUGGAGGAUACCAAUGUCGGAGAAGGUGCCCAACAGGAUAUAAGUAUGAUGAAGUUGGCCAGAACUGUGUCGAUGUUGAUGAGUGCGCAGAACAAACGCAUAACUGUUUAGUUGGUCAGAAUUGUGUAAACAGACAAGGAAGCUUUUCUUGUCAGUGUCCACAAGGAUAUACUGCCAACAGGAUCACAGGCAGAUGUGAAGAUGUGGAUGAGUGCCAGCGACGAGUGUGCCAACACAAAUGUACCAACACACCAGGCAGCUUCCAAUGCUCAUGUAACGAUGGCUUUGAACUCAACACAGAUGGUAGAACUUGUAAAGACCGGGACGAAUGUUCCAUCUCAAGCCCAUGUCAGCAGCGCUGUAUGAACACGUAUGGUUCAUACCGAUGCUAUUGUGAGCGUGGAUAUAGAACAAGAGAGGAUGGAAGCUGUGUAGAUAACGAUGAAUGCAGUUUAUUUGCCGGUAGAGGGCGUCUGUGUGGUGGAAUCUGCUACAAUACACUCGGAUCAUAUGAAUGCCGAUGUCCUGCUGGAUAUAUUCUGCAAUCUGAUCGUAGAACUUGUAAAGACAAAGAUGAAUGUGCUCUAGGUCUGGAUAACUGUGGUUCUGAACACACCUGUUUCAAUAUCGGGGGAAGCUUCAAGUGCAACUACGUACAAUGUCCCCCUUACUUCACUAAAGAUAACAGCAAAUGUAUCCGCCGUUUGUGUGCUAUUGAUGACCCAGUAUGCAUCAGCCAACCAACAUCGAUCACUUACACUUACCUCUCAUGGUAUUCGUUACCAACUGUACCGGCAAUGGUCUACCGUCUAACAGCGACUCCGCAAGCGGGCUACACAUAUGAGUUCACUCUGAAUAAAGGCAAUGAAAGAGGUGAAUUUGAUUUGAGGGCCGUGUACAACGUUGGAACUCUUAAUAUGAUUACCUCAAUCAUGGGCCCAAGAGAAAUUGAACUGGAGUUGGAGUUAAAGAUGUUUUACAUGGACACUCUGCGAGGACGGAAUAUUGCUCGAAUCUUCCUUUAUAUUUCAAAAUAUAACUAUGCUGGAUACGGAGAUGUGCAGAGAUGCAUACGGAACUUAGCUGCGUGCCCACAGGGUGAUGUCUCUUGCCUUUUGAAUAAAACAUCUGUUAUCUCGUACAACUACUUAGCAUUGCCAUCAAUUCCAGCACUUCGGCCUGGCAAUCAGAUACGUCUUAUCAGCAUGCAGCCAACAUCACUCUCCAGUACGAGUGCAGUAUACUACCAGAUACUCUCUGGCAAUGAGCAUACAUACUUUGCUGUUAUCAAGGCAGGGACCAUAGGAACAUUGUACUUGGUGAAAGCAGUCGAAGGUCCAUAUGAAACAGAGAUCAAAUUAGAGAUGAGUACAUACAACCGAGCAAUGGCACUUGUCUACCGGUCAAUAGCUGUAAUCAAGAUUCACGUUUCAGAGUAUGAUUUCAUGUGAUGGAAUAAAUUAUAACAGAUUAAGUCCACAUUAGAAACAACAGCUAUUGAGAUUAUGGGACCAUACAGUAGCUUUACAGAUUUUCUAAAAUGUAAAUUCUGCAGUCAUAUAUGUAAAUAUGUUCGAUUUGACAUUUGCCAUGACCUAAAGGAAGGGAUUGAUUCACAAGGAUGGCCAAAAAUCUUUACAAUUUUAUCAAUCAAAAAUUAUGAUACAAUAUAUUUUUUCUUGGAAAUGGAGGUACAAAUGGUAAAAAAUAUUAAUAAGCAGUAAUAUUAAAAUAAUGACACCCAGGGCUGAAGUAUUAUGUUAUUUUAUUUUAAAAGAAUAAAAAAUAGAUGUAAAAAUUAUUUUUUUAAAUAUUAAAAAUUGAUGACCAAAUUUGUAUCCAAUUAUGGACUAAAUGCUGGAGUAAGAUUUAUUAGUGGUCCCAUUUCAAGUAAUCUUGGGUCCCCUCUAAGCGCUUACUGUCAUGGAGGAGGCUUUGCUGGCAAAUGUAAGCAAGAUUAUUCUGUUAAGUAGUAAACUAAAAACAGUUAACAGUUUUUCUGCCUCUGAACACACCCAAAAAAUGAAGAAGAGUACUAAACAUGUCAUUUUUGUCAGGACAAAAAUGUAAAAUUUUACUUUGAUUGGUUGGUUGUGGUGUUUGUUCAUUUCCCUCGCAGGUCCGAUGGAUCAGUUACAGUUUCUGUUUACAUACUU